AUGUUGGAUCGAACCAGGGUCCAACGAGAGCUCGUCGAAAUUAGACGGGAUCCUGAGUCGGGGGUGACUGUGGAUGUUCCAGGAGAUGAUCUCGCUCGAAUGAGCGGGACUAUAAUGGGGCCUGUCGGAACGCCUUAUGAAGGAGGAACGUUUCUGGUGGAUAUAGUACUUACAGAGUCGUACCCUUUCAAGCCUCCAAAGAUGACCUUCAUUACCAAGGUCUGGCACCCUAAUGUCAGCAGCCAAAACGGUGCGAUUUGUUUGGAUAUUUUGAAAGACCAGUGGACUCCUGCCUUGACGCUCAAAACGGCUCUACUGUCACUCCAAGCGCUGUUAUCAUCACCUGAACCUGAUGACCCUCAAGAUGCAAUCGUCGCUCAACAGUAUUUGAAGGAUUAUCAAACGUUUGUCAACACUGCACGGUACUGGACAGAGGCGUUUGCCAAGAGACCAUCCUUGGCUCUAGAUGACAAGGUGAAGAAGCUGGUGGAGAUGGGCUUUGCAGAGGCGUCUGCUAGGUCGGCUUUGGAAAAGUGUGGAGGUGACGAGAAUGCAGCUUUGGAGAAGCUAUGUAGCUGA